AUGCCAGAAAAAUUAGCUUGAUUCCUUCAGAUUUUUAUAUGACAAGUUUGUAAGAUUUUCUACAUUGCUUUCUCAUUCUUUAAGGUGAAGAAGGUUCUGCUAUCAAGAAAACGUGCUUGUUAUGCAAAAUAAGAUACCUAUCUCUUCCAUAAUUGAGAGUCAACAUAAUCAGAGAUUGAAAUGGUAUGACACAAGCUUUGAAUCAUUUGACUUUGAAGGCCUUCAUGGUUUUCUGAAAACUUGGAACAGAAUUUGGACACCUGGUUCUGUGCAGCCCCAUGUUAUAAUGCCAUCCUUGCCUAAUGAGGGAGAUAACCAAGGAACCUCUUGUCUGACUUUGAGUUCAGAACUGCCUUAUCAAAGCACAAUUAAAAGAAAAGUCAGAAAGAAGAAAAAGAAUGGAAUCAUCACUGCGAACGUUGCUGGCACAAAAUACGAAAUUGUUCGUUUAGUAAUAGAUGAAAUGGGGUUUGUGAAGACAAGAGAUGAAGAUGAGACUGCUAAUCUCAUAUGGAGUGAUUCUGCUGUGCAACAAGACAAGAUUGCUGAGCUCCGAAACUACCAGAGAAUCAACCAUUUUCCAGGAAUGGGAGAGAUCUGUAGGAAGGAUUUCUUAGCAAGAAACAUGACCAAAAUGAUCAAGUCUCAGCCUCAAGAUUAUAGUUUUAUUCCUCGAACAUGGAUUUUCCCUGCAGAAUAUAUGCAAUUUCAGAACUAUGUAAAGGAACUGAAGAAGAAGCGAAGACAGAAAACUUUUAUAGUCAAACCUGCUAAUGGUGCGAUGGGGCAUGGAAUCUCUCUGAUAAGAAAUGGAGAAAAACUACAAGCUCAGGAUCACUUGAUUGUCCAGGAAUACCUUGACAAACCAUUUCUUAUGGAAGGUUACAAGUUUGAUUUACGAGUGUACAUUCUGGUGACAUCCUGUGAUCCAUUAAAAAUAUUUUUAUAUCAUGAUGGACUUGUGAGAAUGGGCACAGAGAAGUACCAUCCUCCCAAUGACUCUAAUUUGAGCCAGUUGUAUAUGCAUCUAACCAACUACUCUGUGAAUAAACAUAAUGAGCAUUUUGAACGGGAUGAAACAGAAGAUAAAGGCAGUAAACGCUCCAUAAAAUGGUUUACUGAGUUUCUACAAACAAAUCACCUUGAUGUUUCCAAAUUCUGGAGUGAUAUUUCAGAGCUAGUGGUGAAGACUCUCAUAGUAGCAGAGCCACAUGUCCUUCAUGCUUAUCGUAUGUGCAGACCAGGCCAAGCUCCCGGAAGUGACAGUGUCUGUUUCGAAGUACUGGGAUUUGAUAUUCUGCUGGACAGAAAGCUAAAACCCUGGCUCCUGGAGAUUAAUCGAGCCCCAAGCUUUGGAACUGACCAAAAAAUAGACUAUGAUGUAAAAAAAGGUGUUCUACUAAAUGCACUAAAGCUUCUCAAUAUAAGGACAAGUGAUAAAAGGAGAAACUUAGCCCAACAAAAAGCUGAGGCUCAAAAGAGACUUUAUGGUCAAGGCUCAAUGAAAAGACUGUCACCAGGAUCCUCUGACUGGGAAAAACAGCGCCACACGCUAGAGAGGAGAAGAGAAGAACUGAAAGAAAGACUUGUGCAAGUUCGUAAACAGAUUUCCAGAGACGAGCAUGAAAACAGACACAUGGGGAACUACAGGCGAAUUUACCCUCCUGAUGAUAAGCUGUUACUUGAAAAAUAUGAGAGUUUGUUAGCCAUUGCUUUCCAGACGUUCCUUGCUGGGAGAGCAGCUUCACUUCAGCGGGAGUUGAAUAACCCUUUGAAAAGAAUGAAGGAGGAAGACAUUUUGGAUCUUCUGGAGCAAUGUGAACUAGAUGAUGAAAAACUGAUGGGAAAAUCCACCAGGCAACCAGGACCCAAGCCCCUGUCUUCUAUGCCAGAAAGUUCACAGACCUUAAAAAAACAGAGGAACUACAGUAGUGAGAGUAGCUGUGACAGCAGCAGCAACACAUCAGAAUGGGAGGAGGAAACUGAAAUAGAAGAUCACAAUGAGAAAAAAGAGAUGAAAGUGUCAUAUGAGCUUGAAGAAACCAAGUAUAAAUUAUUAGAGCGAUCCAGCAGAUUACACUGGAAACCUUUAAUUAAAAAUAUAAAAACUCCAUCACAUUCACCCUCCACAUCAUCCACAGGUCCUAUAAGGCGUUCUGUAAGCUGUCCCCGUUCAAUAUCAAUCUUCGCUAUACAGUCACAAGCAGCUGAGCAACGUCCCUUUUCAGCCAAACCUGCAGUGCAAAUGCCACGUCCGUCGUCAAUGAAUAGGUCCCAUUCUUUAACUCGUAAUUCAUCUUCAGUCAGAUUGUGUAAUACUGCUAGUCUGGGCACAGUACACUCUUCAGGGAGAACAAAAGAGCAAGAAGAGGCAUUGACAAGAGAGACACUGUUCAUUUUCAAUGAUAUGAGGAUCAAGUUCCCAGGAAAAACAGAUGAAGAGGCAGAAUUAAUCAUAGAGAAUAUUAUGGAUAAUUGGAAAUACCAUAAGACAAAUGUGGCUUCAUAUUGGCUGAUAAAACUGGACUCUGUAAAGCAACGAAAGGUUUUGGACAUAGUGAGGACAAGUGUUCGUGCUGUUCUGCAACGUGUCUGGAGGGUUUCUGACGCUGAAUGUUUACAUUUGUACCGUAUUUUUAACCGUGUGUUUAAUCGCUUACUCUGGAGCCAUGGCCAAGGCCUGUGGAACUGUUUCUGUAAUUCAGGAAGUUCUUGGGAGACCAUAUUCAGUAAAAGGACAGAGGUGGUGACUCCUGAACAACUCCAGUGUUGUCAACGACUAGUACAACUUUGUAAACACUGCCUGCUAGUGGCUUACAAAUAUUCAGCAGAUUCAAGAGGAUCUCUUACUGGAAUUAGCCCUGACUGGGAUGAUACAAGGUAUUUACUGCCAGGACCUUCACAGUUAAUCAUGAAAACAUCCUCCAACUUUAUCUGCGCUUCAUCUGGAAUGCCUCGCUCUAACAUACUGUUUGCACCCAGGUAUAGCCACUUGUGAUAAAUAAUGGCAUUCCAUUUUUCCACAUUAAAUUUGUGAGGGAGUUGAAUAUAAGCACUGUUAUAUAUUUGCUACAGUACAUAAAAUUUAGCUGAAAUCAUACUGUAAAAGCAUAACCUUUCUGGAAAUGUAAUAAACAUUGUUAAGUUGUUUACACAAAAUAUGUGAAUGUCCAGAUCUUGCUAGGUUUAUAAGUAAUUCCUUCCUACUAGAAAUGUUAUUUUUGCUGCAAUAUAUAAAAUUGAGUUAAUCUUGGAGAUCCUAUUAUAGUGUUAAAUUAGGUACAAUAUCUUUUAACUUGAAAUAUAUUUAUUGUAAAUCAUACUGUUUGUUCUCUCCUAGAUAAGCCUGUUGUAGAACAGUAAUAGUAAUUAAAUAUAAGUAGUCUGAUCAUUUCUAUAGCACAUUUUAAAAUAUUGUUAAAGCAAGAUCUAAUAUACAGACAUUUGUAUUUCUCCUAUGAAAUUACAAGGUAUGUGUAAUAUCAUUUUUCAGUAAUGACAAAGUAUCUUUUAGUCUAAAUGAAGACAAUCCCAAAGGGUAAAUAUUCAAAUAUGCCAGUUCUGGCAAAUAGCUUCUAGUUGGAUCCUUGUAAUAAAACAGAAGGCAAUGGUUAUUGUCAGAGCUUC